CCUGAUUAAGCCUAAUUAUUAGAACGUUGAUAUGUCGAAAAUUAACCGCGACGGCACGCCAAAUCUCAAACUUCCGUUAAUAGAUAACAAAAAUCCAGGGAAAUAUACAUUUCUGCUAGUCUUCUCUAAAUUUUAAAUCGAUCUUUAUGAUUUUCAUUUGUUGAACUAUAUGAUCUUUGUUCAUUUGGAAUAUUUAUUUCAUCCCUAUAUUAUUAUUUUGUAAUAGGCUUCAUUGCGAGAUUGCUAGGGCUUUUUACCUCAUUUUCGUAAUUCUAUGUGAAACGGUGUUUGUUUGGAUCUAAAUUUGUAUUUUUAAUUAAAAAAUCUGCACAUUUUUGGGAAAAUGGCAUCGAAUUUCGAUAGAUGGGAAAAAGAUCCCUUUUUCUCUGCUGCUGAAGAGGUCCAGGAAUCGACCGACAGGAUGGAAUCGACUUAUAGAACUUGGAUUCAUGCAAGGAAGGACACCUCUGGGGCUUGGAAUGCAGUUGAACUCCGAAGAGAUCUCCAAACAUCUCUUGGCACUGCUAAAUGGCAGUUGGAGCAAUUUGAGCGAGCUGUUAGGUCGAGUUAUACUAAUUCAAAUUCAGCUAACGAUGCAAAAGAUAGGCAUCGAGAUUUUGUAAUUGCGAUAGAGAGUCAAUUGUCAAAGGUUGAAAGUUUUUUAAAAGAAACAGCAGUCUCUCAGGGCAAACCGCCAUUGCCCUGGCUGCGAUUAGAUGAAGGAGAACACGAAGAGCUUGCUCUGUUUCUUUCAGGACCAUCUUCAGCUUUCACAGAUAAAAUCUCCCAAAAGGUUCAUGGUGGGGGCCAAGUAUCAGAAAACUCAGAAGGGACAGGUAAACAGUCAAUGCCAGAGUGCAUGAGUUCGUCUCACUUGGUGGCAUUGGGUCAGGUGGAGUCUAAGGAAGAGAAGUUACAGCAACAUCGGAGGACAGCUAGUGCUGGUGCUGACAUUGGUUCCUGGAAGAUUGCAGUUGCUGAUGAUUCUUUACCUCAUAGUUCAUCCAAUCCAAAACCUGAUCUGCUGCCUAGAAAGAUACCCAGUUUUUCAGGAUUUUUAAAUACCAUGGAGUCCUCUAUGUCUCAUUUGAAGUGGUCAAAGAAUGGCUACAGGAAGUUAAAGAUUUCAGACUGCCAUGAAGAAGCUGAUACCAUGUUACCUCGUUCUCAAAAUUUGACCAAAAAUAUCAACGCAGUAUGUGAAAGGAAUAAAAGUUGCCUUGAUGGAUGUGAUGAUUAUGAGAAGCAACUGUAUGGUUGGUAUGGUACCAUCCAGAGACUAUUUCGGAGGUCCCAAUAUCAUAUGCAGUACAGUCGACCUGUUCAAAUUAUUUUCUCAAUUAUUCUCCUCCUCUGCUUGAUUGUUUUAUUGGCACUGCGUGCAGUCUGAGGAGGAGCUAAUAACUUUUUCAUUCUUAUUGAUCAAUUAAUAAGGGAUGAAAACGUUAAAGAGGUUUGGGGUUAUCCUGUAUGGCAUCACGUGACAUAGGUAUGUAUUGUGUUCUAUCUUUUAGCAAUAUUUUGCUCGUAAAUAAAUUUUGUACUCAGAAUUGAGUAGUAACUUUUCCAGGUACACCAUGUACCACCUCCCUCAUCUCGUCUCUUCAUUGUGAAUCAGUUUUGUUUGUCUCAGUUAUGUUGUACUAGGUAGGAUUUUCGGGAAUAGUAUGUCGGAUUUUCGGGAAUAGGAGAUUACCUCUAUUCAGGUUUGAAUUCGAUAGAGAAGUCUGAAACUUGAUUAAUUCCACUUACCAGAUGAUGUUUUACACUUUUCCAGCUGCAGUUUCUUCGUGUUGUUGUACUGUCGAUUGAUGGAAUGUACUGGAAGUUCAAAAAAUAAUAGUCCUUAUGUUUAUUGUCGAUUCUUGUUUGUAUUAAUGGUCAAUUUCCUUGUACUCUUGGA